UCCUUAAGAAAACACAAGCUCUUUAACCAGCUUCAAGUGUUUUCUUCCUUACUUAAAAAACCUCACUGAGCUAGAUCUCUUACUUCAUACUUUCUCCUACAAAACUCGAACUCAAACUCGAACUCGAAAAAGACGAAAAAGAAAAGACAAGCUAGAAAUGGAAGAAAAAGGAAUUAGCCAUAACAACAGUUUGUUAGAGAAAAGCAAGCCAUACAUAGCUAUGGUUUGCCUACAAUUUGGGUAUGCUGGUAUGAACAUUGUCACCAAGGUUUCUCUCAAUGGUGGUAUGAGCCACUAUGUCCUUGUCGUUUAUCGCCACGCCUUCGCCACUGCUGUCAUUGCUCCUUUUGCUCUUGUUCUUGAGAGAGGAAUUCGGCCUAAAAUGACUUUGCUGAUAUUUGCACAGAUUUUUGUGUUGGGUCUUCUUGGGCCACUAAUCGAUCAGAAUUUCUACUACUUGGGAUUGAAAUACACAUCUCCAACGUAUGCGUGUGCCAUGAGUAACAUGCUUCCGGCCAUGACAUUCGUCAUGGCAGUCCUAUGCAGGAUGGAGAAGGUGCACUUAAAAAAGUUAAGGUGCCAAGCGAAAGUGGUGGGAACUUUAGUAACAGUGGCAGGUGCAAUGUUGAUGACAUUAUACAAAGGUCAUGUCAUCAAUUUGGUGUGGUCUUCUCAUGUUCGUCCUGCCCACACCACUUCCGCCGCUGCUGCCGCUGCUGCUGUUGCUGCCGCCGAUAAAGAUUGGGCUAAGGGUUCUAUUCUUCUCAUCUUAGCCACCCUUGCUUGGGCCGCCUUUUUUAUCCUUCAGGCAAUAACAAUGAGGAAAUAUUCAGCACAUCUAACAUUGACAACACUAGUAUGCUUUAUGGGCACCUUGCAAUCUAUUGUUGUGACUUUUAUUAUGGAGCACAAUCCCUCUGCAUGGAACAUUGGUUGGGACAUGAAUCUUCUUGCUGCUGCUUAUGCUGGUAUAAUAACGUCCGGAAUCGCAUACUACGUACAAGGUGUGGUUAUGGAGAAGAGAGGGCCGGUUUUCGUGACCGCUUUCAGUCCUUUAAUGAUGAUCAUUGUGGCUUUCAUGGGUUCUUUCAUCCUUGCUGAGAAGAUUUACGUUGGAGGUGUUAUUGGGGCUGUAUUGAUAAUGAUGGGAUUAUAUUCAGUACUAUGGGGGAAGUACAAGGAGUACAAAGAGCAAGAAGCCGAAAUUCCUGAAGUAAUCAAAGGUGGUAAUAACAACAAAGAAAUGGCUAAUACUAUCGUCGAAGAUCAUGAUCACCUUGAGUUAGACGAAUACGACGACGUUGAGUCACAAAGAAACGCCGUCGAAUUAGCUAGCCGUGUUCCGAACGUGGUGAUUAGCUCUCCUAUGCCACAACCUCCUAUGUUAGCCAUGGAAGCACCCAUGAAAGGAGGAAGAGUAUAAUUAUGUAGAGUUGUACUAUAAAAUGGGAGGUAUAAAAGGGUAAUUAAGUAUAUUAAUAUUAGGCUUAUGGAAAAGAAAAGAGGCUUUUUUGUAAUUUGACCUCACUUUUUCUUUCCAACCCACCACCCCCUAGUUUCUUGGUGUAUCGUGUGACAAAAUUAACAUAAUUUCACCCCCUUUUUUUUUUGAUAAUUUUGGGAUCAAAUAAUUUACAUAUAAUAAUUAAUGUACUUCCAUUGAUUUAGAGUGUACUAAAUGUAUGGAAAAUGAGGGAGCUUUCUGAAUAAUUAAUACAUGAUUUAAUGUGUAAACUGCGAUGUGUUUAUUUGAUUACAUACGUACUACUCUCUUCAUUCCAUAAAUAAUUAA